GUGAGUAUUUUUCGCGCUGGUCGGCCUGAGAGUUUGAGUUUCCCGCAAGCUUUUGAUUCGACUUGAAUGAAAUCCUUCGCUUUACAUGAUGAUUAUGGCCACUUUUUCCCUUUAACCACCGAGAGGAGAUUCAGCAGCCCAGUGACCCUGGAGGGGGUUAGAAGGGAUGGAUAGCAAAGGUAGCUCCCUGCCUUCAAUGCCCGAACCAGCCAAUCCGAUCAGCAUGAAGCAGCCACCGGAGUCCCUCGGUGUACGGAAAGGUCGAGGGGACAUGAGCAGUGACCCAGCUCUGCUCAUGGACAAAGCUGCUGCACAGCUGGCUGCCACACUACAAGACAGCGUUCUUCAGAAGAUGGCUGGCCAUAACAACCACAGCCACGACAGGCUCAAAGACCUCACCUCCCGCAUGCUCAACGGCGACCAAGACUCGCUGCCCAAGCUUUGUACUCCUGAGCCACCUAUGCUUAAGGGUGCCGAAGCCCCUGCUACAAAUGGCACCCAUCAGCACAACUGCACUCCUCACACUGAAGCUGAACUGACAGUAACGAUACCCCAAGUGGUCACACAGCCGUUAUUUGAGCCAUGCUGUGCCAAUGGGACCAUUUUGUCCACAGCCACUGAAGGUACUAUAUCUGGAACCGAUGAGAGGCAAGAUAUGAAGAAAAGGAGGGGGAGAACUCUCAAAAUAAAUCCUCAAACAAACUUAAAUCCCUCUGACAUCCCAGUGGAGCCACUUGACCACACAAACAUUGUGGAGGGAAUCAGCAAGGAAGAGACUGAUGAGCCUGAUAGCAGGUCCGAGUUGAAAGAGGUGGUAGCAGAAGACUCUCCUGUGCUGAUCCGCUUCUGUGUUGGGGAUCUGGUUUGGACAAAGGUGUCAGGAUACCCCUGGUGGCCCUGCAUGGUGACCACAGACCCAGAAUUGAACAAUCACUUUAAACAGAAACAGAAAACCAACGAGAGGUCAGGCCUUCUUUACCAUGUGCAGUAUUUUGGAGAUGCCCCAGAGAGAGGCUACAUCUUUGAGAAGAACAUGGUGUCCUUCACUGGUGAGGAUCAAUACCAAGAGCUUAGCCAGAGCAACAAACAGCCAGCCUCUCGUGUCAGCUAUAAAAAGAUAACUCCCUCUGUACCACGUAAACUCCAGGCUCAGUGGAACAUGGGCAUCAUUCAGGCCAAGGAGGCACUCGACAUGUCUCUGGAUAAUCGUAUGGCGAACUUUGGAUUUCUAUAUGAUGACGACGGGCCUCAUCUGAACCCCCACAUUUUGGAGAAGUUGAAGCCGGAACAGAGUAACAAGAUAAACCAAAAAACUGAGAAUAGGCUUAACCCCAAUCUGCCCUUCCAACUGAAUCCCUCAAAGUCAGUACCAGGUGAACAAGCUGAACCAGUUGUACCUCAGAAGAAAAAGAGAAUAUCCAAACAGGGUCCUUCUCCCAUCAAGACAGCGAUGACAAAGAAGACCUCUGCAGUGGACAACACAUGUGAGCCUGUGAAGAAAAGGAAAACAAAGGUGGUUUCUUCAACAGAAGAUGUUUCAGAAGCAGCCUCACUUCCAGUUUCAGUUCCAGUUAAAAGGGAGCAAAAGAAGAUGUCUAAAAGGCCAUUAAAAGAUGCUAUGGCAGACAAGGAUCAGCAGUCUAAAAAGAGAUGCAAAAUGAGCAAAGAUGCUCAAAAACAGGCCUCGACUUCAGAAGGACCAGAAAAAAAGCGGAGGUGGACAAAGAAAACUGAUGUAAAAGAACCCAGGAAACGGCUGAAAAAGUCAAAAAGUCUCCUGACUGAUGAUCAAGAUGCAGAGAAACCAAAGCGCAAGAGAAAAAGGAAACAGGAUGGAGCAAAUCAGGCCACGCCCGCCAAGGCAAAGAAGAGGCGGUCCUCCCCGUGUCCUGAUCCUGAGGGUUCUGGGAGUGAAGGACGCCCUGAUUCUCCGAGUGACAGCUUAGACGGGACGAAGAAGGGUGAACGCAAAAAAGAGUGCGUCUGUCAGAUGUGUGAGCAGGCUGGUGAGGACCUGGUGCCCUGUGAAGGUCAGUGCUGUGGGAUGUUCCACCUCCGCUGUCUCGGUCUGACUCUCAAACCUGAUGACAAGCUGUUGUGUCAGGAGUGUAGCACAGGAAUCCACUCGUGUUUCAUUUGUAAGAAGUCGGAGGGCGAGGUCCGUCGCUGCCACGUCCCACACUGCGGCAAAUUUUACCACGAAGCGUGCGUCCGCCUCAACACCCUCACAGUGUUUGACAACAAGGGCUUCCGGUGCCCGCUUCACACCUGCCUGAGCUGCCACUAUGGCUGCCGCACAAAGCACAAGUCCACCAAGGGUAGGUUGAUGCGAUGCCUACGGUGCCCAGUAGCGUACCACGCUGGUGACCAGUGUGUGGCUGCAGGAAGUGAGAUGAUCACCAACACUACCAUCAUCUGUACCAACCACUUCAACGCCAAGAAGGGCUACAGCCACCACAGUCAUGUCAACGUCAGCUGGUGUUUCGUCUGCUCCAAAGGGGGACAGCUGUUGUGCUGUGAGUCUUGCCCGGCAGCUUUUCAUCCCGACUGCCUAAAUAUCGCUAUGCCUGAUGGGAGCUGGUUCUGCAACGACUGCCGAGCCGGAAAGAAACCCAAGUACAGAGACAUCAUCUGGGUCAAACUGGGAACAUACCGAUGGUGGCCGGCAGAGAUCCACCACCCAAGAAACAUUCCCACCAACAUCCAGCAUCUUCGACACGAGAUUGGAGAGUUCCCGGUCUUCUUCUUCGGCUCUAAGGAUUACUUCUGGACUCACCAGGGCAGAGUAUUUCCCUACAUGGAAGGCGACAGGGGAAGCAAACAUCAGAGGAACGGCAUUGGCAAAGUCUUCAAGAAUGCUCUGCUGGAGGCUGAAGCUCGAUUUAAGGAUAUAAAGAUGAAGCGAGAGGCUAAGGAAGCGCAGGAGAACAGCCGUAAACCACCUCCAUAUAAAUUUAUCAAGGUCAACAAACCUGUCGGCAAGGUUCAGGUCUACACCGCGGACAUUUCUGAGAUCCCCAAAUGUAACUGCAAGCCAACCGACGAGCGGCCGUGUGGCUUUGAGUCAGAGUGCCUAAACCGCAUGCUGCAAUAUGAGUGUCACCCUCAGGUGUGUCCCAGCGGGGAGCGCUGCUGUAACCAGGACUUCACCAAACGUCUUUACCCAGAGACCAAGAUUAUUAAGACCCCAGGCAAAGGUUGGGGCCUGAUCUGCCUGCGGGACAUCAAGAAGGGUGAGUUCGUGAACGAGUACAUUGGAGAGCUGAUCGAUGAGGAGGAGUGCAGGGCGAGAAUCAAAUACGCCCAUGAAAACAACAUAACCGACUUCUACAUGCUCACUAUUGACAAGGACCGAAUCAUUGACGCUGGUCCGAAAGGAAACUACUCUCGCUUCAUGAACCACAGCUGUCAGCCCAACUGCGAGACCCAGAAGUGGACGGUGAAUGGUGACACGCGUGUCGGCUUGUUUGCCAUCUGUGACGUCCCAGCAGGCACUGAGUUGACUUUUAACUACAACCUGGACUGCCUCGGCAAUGAGAAGACGGUGUGCCGCUGCGGUGCACCCAACUGCAGCGGAUUUCUUGGUGAUCGACCAAAGAACUCAAAUGGCCACACAGCUGAGCCAAAAGGCAAGAGGUUGAAGAGAAAGUAUAAAAAGAGGAAAUCUGAGGGAAAGAAGAAGUCUGAGGACGAGUGUUUCCGCUGUGGAGACGGAGGGCAGCUGGUGCUCUGUGACAAGAAGACCUGCACCAAAGCUUAUCACCUGUCCUGCCUGAACCUCACCAAGAGACCAUUCGGCCGCUGGGACUGCCCCUGGCAUCACUGUGACGUCUGUGGGAAAAACUCAGAAGCCUUCUGCCAACUCUGCCCCAACUCCUUCUGCAAGGCUCACCAGGAGGGGGCGCUGCGUCCCUGGCCCCCUACGGGACAGCUGUGCUGUAUGGAGCACGACGAGCUGGAGGGAGCCGACAGCCACGGCCAGGAUGUCAACUCGGAGACGAAUGGUGGCGCCUCUGCUGGCGCUAAUGUCAGUCGUUCUUCUAAAAGCUCCAGGAAGGCGGAGGGAGCAGAGGGCAAAACAAAGGGCUCCAAGAGGAAAGCCACAGACACCUGAAGUGACCUUUCACAGAGCCAAAACACCAAACCAGACUCAGACCCUUACAUCCCCAUCCACACAUAGUGUUUUCACAGGAUCCAAGGCACUGUACAUCUUUAUCAGGGAAAGCCGCUGAUCUCUCACGUGCUCAGCAAUGACUCAUUGCUCAAGAGCAUCGACUUUUUUUUUAUUAUUAUUUUAUAUUUUACCUUUAAAUUUUCAGGCUCUUCCCCUCCCCCUCUUGUCUGCACUGAGGCGACCCAUCUGUGGUGAAGCACAAAUGAACAGAGCAAGCACAGGUCCGGACACUCCUCCCUCCUCCUUCCAUAAACCAAACGGCCUCUUUUCUUACUGUCAGCUUUUCUGAUUUUCCUUUUUUAAACAGAACAAACCAGCUGGUUUCUGCAUUAACACUGAUCCAGCCAGAACUGGAACUGAGCGGCAGUGUCACGGUCUAACUUGAACCUCAGUUGACCCCCCCACCCCCCGUCCCCAACUCAACACGGAUUAUCUUGAACAGCAGAGUUUUAUAGCUAUAUCUAUAUGUGUAUAUCGAAGACCAAAAUUAUAAUUACUGGAGUAGUGUAAGACAUCACACAGGUUGCCAAAUUUAUUGUUUUUAUUUUUAUAUAUAGUAUAUAUAUGCCAGAUGUAAUAUGGAACACCAAGACACUAUGGAUAGGCUUCAGAUGACCUCUUUUCUUUUUGUAGCCAUAGAUCACCUGUAACUGUAGACGUGUGCUGUCAUUUUAUUUUAGCUCAGUUUGAGUUUUUAGAUGAGUUUACUUUUGAAGCAGAGACGCUGAACAGUGUAAAAGCAUGUCCAGUAAACAAGGGAUUACAUAAGGUAUUAAAAACAAGAGCAGUCUGAAACUGCCCUGUGAUAUAAAAACACUACUUGGAAGUUUCCAGGUCUUAAAUACUCGCUGUUCGAUGAUAAACCGCAUUCACUAAGGAAUGACGGUGAUUCCUCUGGAACACGUUUCACAGCUCAGCUCUGAGUCUAAAGGUGCUUUCUCUCUCUCUCUCUCUCUUUUUUAAAAAAAAAAAAAGCCGCUGUAGUGUCUGAAAUCUGAGCUACACAGAUUUUUAGACUUGAAUAAUUUCAUAAUGCUGUCUGAAGACUUUUUAUCAACAUUCAUCUAGAUCUGAGAUUGAGUUUUUUUUUUUUAUAUCCUCAGGAGGUUUUUGUGGUCUCAGAACUGCAUUCCAGUUAUUUAACACUCAAACACUGGCAAACCGUUAGCACACUGGCUGGUUUGUAGUUUUGUCACAUUUUCAGCAAUUAAUGAGCACAGAGGGCAACAUGUUAGACUCUGUGCUGUCAGACACUUGGCUGACCAUUAAACCGCUUAUACUUGUGUUUGGCGUGAUAUAAGUUUAAUAACCUGCUCGCCUCCUCGAGUGUCCGCCCCAUAGACGGUAUAAAAGAUGGGCGUAGCCACCGUGGAUGUAGUCUCAUAAUGAGGCCUCAAGCUGAGGGCUUUCACCGUCUGUGUUUUGAAACCAGGCGUGACGAGUCGUCAUCGGCCGCUGGCUGUCGGUGUUUGCUGAGUCAUGGGUCAGAUUGUGCAGUGUUUCUCUAGAAAGUCUAAAAAGUGAUUUUUGUGCAGCGAGAUCUUUAUUUACCUUCUGCACCAGAAACCCCACCACCACUCUUCAAUUCAUCUCCCGCCCUUUUUUCAAGAACUCCAUUCGAGAUCUAAUUUUCCAGAGUGUUAAAACAAUAUUCCCACAGGUGUGUCUUCAUUUAUGUGACGACUUCAAGGUGCUGAGCUGAGCCAAGCUCUGAAACCACUGCUUCAGAUGUUGAGUCGAGUUUAAAAAUAAAACAAAAGGGACAAAAAAAGACACACACACACACACACACACACACACACACACACACACACACACACACACUAGGGGAGGGAAGAGCACAAUCAGGUUGUUUUUAAUCAUGCAACACCUUCACACCUUGCCAGUUUUUGGGGUGAAACGUGCUGAUGAUGCUUCCUGAAAGGAUUUGUCAUAUUUGGGUGUUACUGCUGCUGGUGUCCUUCGGGUCAGUUAUGAGGCUUUUGUUGAGCAACACUGAAGCUACAGACUGCGCUCGUGCCUUGAACUUCAUAUCUGUCUGACUGUUUAAAGUCUCUCUUCCAAACAGGUGGUUUUUUGUUUUUUUUUUUUAUCUCUUAAAAAAAAAUCACUCAACCAUAUUUUACUUGUACAGAUCCAUCA